CGUGUACAUGUAAUGUGUUUUUAGAAAUGAAACCAAAUUGCUGCUCUCUGACUCAGAAGGAAAACACGAAAACAAAACCCAGACGUAUUGCAAAGACUCGGUUAUUCUCCGUGACGUUCAGAUUACCUUCCUGCCGCUGACGCCAAAGGGUGAAUUAUAAGUGGCAGUCGGCUGACGUGUAAUGAAUGGAGCUAUCUAUUCUUGGGGAGCAAAGGUGGCCUAUUUCCUCAGAAUGUAAGCCUAAAUACGUAGCCGAAUCAUCUUCCAGUUUCAAUCAAUAGCUACGGUCUUCGUUGUCGCGGGUAACCGAAGCUGUGGUUACCAUGGCGGCACACUUUGACACAGAGUACCAGCGCCUGGAGGCUUCAUACAGCGACUCACCACCAGGAGAGGAAAACCUAUUGGUGCAUAUCCCAGAUGGAAACAAAUCCCCAUGGCACCAUAUAGAGAACCUGGACCUGUUCUUCCAGAGGGUCUAUAACCUGCACCAGAAGAAUGGAUUCACCUGUAUGCUGCUGGGAGAGGUCUUUGAACUUGUCCAAUUGCUGUUCGUGGUUGGAUUUACGGUCUUCCUGGCUAACUGUGUGGACUACGACAUUCUGUUCGCAAACAAGUUUGUCAACCACACGGACUCCUCCAAAGUGACGCUGCCUGACGCGUUCCUGCCUGUGGACGUCUGCAGUGCGCGUAUCCGUGACAACGUGGCCGUAAUGUUUGUACUGGUGAUUUCUGGAGUAUUUUGGCUGCAUCGCCUCAUCAAGUUCAUCUACAACGUCUGCUGCUACUGGGAGAUACGCUCCUUCUACACCAACGCACUCAAGAUGAGCAUGGGAGAGCUUCCAUACUUCACAUGGCAGGAGGUUCAGGCUCGGAUUGUUGAGAUCCAGAAAGAACACCAGAUCUGUAUACAUAAGAAAGAACUCACUGAACUGGACAUAUACCACCGCAUCCUGCGCUUCAAAAACUACAUGGUUGCCAUGGUGAAUAAGUCCCUCCUCCCUGUGCGUUUCUGCCCACCGCUGCUCGGGGAGAUGGUUUUCUACACCCGUGGCCUCAAGUACAACUUUGAACUCAUCUUCUUCUGGGGGCCAGGCUCUCUGUUUAAGAGUGAGUGGAGUCUGAAGCCGGAGUAUAAGAGAGGUGGUAACAGGCUGGAACUGGCAGAGAAACUGGCAUCACGUAUACUGUGGAUUGGCAUUGCCAACCUCUUACUGUGUCCUGUGAUACUGGUCUGGCAGAUACUCUACGCCUUCUUCAGCUACACAGAGGUGAUAAAGCGUGAACCAGGGAGUCUGGGAGCGAGGUGUUGGUCUUUGUAUGGUCGAUGUUACCUUCGCCACUUCAAUGAGCUGGACCACGAACUGAUGUCACGUCUCAGCAAGGGCUACAAGGCGUCUUCUAAGUAUAUGAACUGCUUCCUGUCUCCGCUGCUGACGGUGGUGGCAAAAAACGUGGCGUUCUUCGCCGGUUCGCUACUGGCCGUCCUCAUCGCUCUGACCAUCUACGACGAAGAUGUCCUCGCCGUGGAGCACGUUUUGUCGUCCAUCACCCUGCUGGGAGUGUGUAUCACCAUCUGCAGGUCUUUUAUUCCAGAUAAACACCUGGUGUACUGCCCAGAGCAGCUGCUCAGAGUGAUCCUGGCUCACAUCCAUUACAUGCCGGAUCACUGGCAGGGCAACGCCCACCGCUACGAGACCCGCGACCAGUUCUCCCAGCUGUUCCAGUACAAGGCUGUGUUUAUCUUGGAAGAGCUCAUCAGUCCAGUGGUGACUCCAUUUAUCCUGAUCUUUAGUCUGAGGAGGAAGUCUCUGGAGAUCAUCGACUUCUUCCGGAACUUCACCGUGGAGGUGGUGGGGGUGGGGGACACCUGCUCGUUUGCUCAGAUGGACGUCAGACAGCACGGCCACCCUGCGUGGAUGUCUGAGGGGAAGACGGAGGCCUCUAUCUACCAGCAGGCCGAGGAUGGGAAGACUGAGCUGUCUCUGAUGCAUUUUGCCAUCACCAACCCCCAGUGGAACCCUCCCACAGAAACCACUCAGUUCAUCAGCCAGCUGAAGGAGCGAGUGCAGAGAGAAGCUACGGGAGACGUGCACGCGCACACGCACACUCUCACGUCUCUGUCUGAGUCAGAGCCAAGGAGUCUGAUAGCCAACUUCUUGGCAGGUCCCCCCUCAUUGGCCUCUCUCCAUCUUGGACGUGAUGGCUCCUUGACCAAUCAAGGGCCGGUUGGUAUUAGCGACGGGGCUUCAGGUUUACGCUCGCUCUCCAUUAACAGCAUGAGGGGCAGCUAUAGCUCCACCCAUAGGUCUGCUGGACACACCUCUUCUGCAAGCAGAGCCAUGGUGGGAUCAAGUACUGACGCUCGCACUGCUAGUUCAGGCAGUAGCGCCUGGGAGGGUCAGCUGACUAGUCUCGUCCUAUCAGAAUAUGCCUCCACGGAGAUGAGCAUGCACGCACUCUAUAUACAUGAGCUCCACAAGCAGCAGUCUCGAGGGGAGUUGUCCCGGCACACCUGGCACCGGCAGGACAGUGAUGACAGCGGCGACAGCGUGACUGAGGAGGGGGCAGCGGGGGGGCGGGGCCCUGACCCCCGGCACCCGAUCCCCCGUUCACACACCUUCCCCGUCUCAACCCCGACCUCCAUCCCCAGCUCCAACUCUGGGCCCCCGCCAGACAGAGGUGCUACGCCUGGGCAGGAAGAGGCUCCGCCCAACAGCCAACGCCGCCACUGGGGAAAUGCAGACUCUGUGGGCUCUGAUGGGAGAGGGGUGAGGUUGGCACGUGUGCCCAUGGGAGGUUGGGCAGAGGAAGGGCAGGGAGGUAGACACCCGGACACAGUUCCUGAAGAGGGAUCAGACGAUGACAUGCCACCGAACAUACAUAAGGUGACGUGACUGUGCAGGGAGAACUCACAUUGCCCCACAAACACAUCAGACAUCAUCAUCCUCCCAGAAAAGAACUUUCUGCUCACCUGUGACCUUUCACCAUGGCUUCACCUUUUACCCAAGAUGGACAGACCUGUGGGAUAACAGCAUGCUGUGUUAUUCACUCUGAGCUAGAGGAAAACUGUGGAAUAACUGUACAGUAUCCAAAAACUCCUUAACACACACUCCGGAUUACUUUUUUGUCCAAUGAAGUGACAGCUGUUGGUGACAUCAUAACAGACAGCGUGGAACUUAACGUUAUGUCAGUCUGGAUAGUUUCUCCUGAGACACUGGUCUAUGGUUAGCUUAGUUGUUUUGGCUUACACUGGUUAAUAUCUAAAUAUUCUCAUGACCCCAACCAUGUGAAGAAAAAUUAUAUAACCAUAUUUUUUUUUAUUUGAGGCUAUGAGAGUCUAUUAUCAAACAUUCUCCCUGACCCCAUUUUCAUAUCAGGUGACCCCACAUGGGGUCGUGACACCAAUUUGGGAACCUCUGGGUUAAAGGCUGUAGGUAGCCUAGGUAGCUCAUAACAGCAUCUAACUGAUAAGUUAAAGGUUGCUUCAUUGAAAUUAGACAUGUCCCUGAGCAAGGCAGUUAACCAUAGCCCUCCCCGGUUGUGGAAAAUGACAGUGUGUUUUCAGUCAACUUAUCUGAUAAGAAUAAGGGUAAAAAAGGGUGAGAUUAGGAUAAGGUAAUCUGAUCCCAGAUCUGUGUUUCGGGCAACUUCUAUCCAGACAGCAUUUGUGUGGGACUGAACAGCAAACAGUGAAACACUAUAAAAGAUGAACGCUUAGUGGUAAUUGUUGUUUUUAUUUUAUUUUUUUACUCUUUGUGUUGCUUGUAUUUAUUGCACUUCGAGGGAAAGAAAAUGUUCUUAUGUGUGUAUAUAUAUAUGUAUAUAUAUAUAUAUAUACACACAUAAGAACAUUAUGUGUGUAUAUAUAGGGAUUUGACCGGAGAACGGUCUCCCACGUCUUACUGUCUGCAACGGCACUAGGGAAUCAAUUUGGGAUUAAACAGAUUUUGCUGUAGGCAUGAAACAGGACCUAAACAGAUACACCAGGCGCAUUUAAACACUGGUUAAAACUAAAGUAAAAUCCUAAUAUCAGGACAUUAGAAUUCAAUGUAUAGUAUUUAGAGGUAUGUAUAUUGAUAAUAUCUAGAGAUAUUAUGUAAGCACAUAAAAGAAACACGUCAUUAUUAUUGUUUUAAUUAAAGAAAGAAAACCCAAACAGGACUGGAACAUAGGACUUUUGCCACACUAAAAUGCUUGAAAGCAGAACCAACUCACAACCAUAAAGCUAUCAUCCUUCAGUCACCACUCAGCUAUAUAGAAUAGUCAGCAUCAGGCAAACUGCAUGUUUGUUUUAGCCCAAUUAUCUGACAAAAUGUUAAGAAAAUUAUAAUAAUGAGAAUGCACUUUAAUGACUUGUUGUUUUGAAUCCACGGAAUCCCAUGAAUAAUUGUCAGUAUGUUGAUUUUGAUCAUCUGUUUUUUCUCUGUCAUUUAAUUCAGGGGUUGUGCCAACUUGAGACAGUUUAGGCUAAGAUACAUGUUGACUUACAAAGAUUUGUUUUUGUGAAUCAUACAAAUAGACUAGCAUAGAACCAGCUGCGACAGUUUACCAUAUGGCGCAGUGGCCCAGGAUCAGGCUUCAGAGGGAGACAUGGUUUUGAUCCAGUCAGGCACACUACACCUAAGUAGUCAAUUCUAGACCUCAAGGUCUGCAGUGCUGCUUGUUUUCUAUAUUAGUCUAUUAUUAAUAUCAUUAUUAGCCAGCCAGAGUCCAGCUUGGAUUAGACUCAGAAUUUAAAAAAUGCUUCAGUCCUGGAGGCCUGGAUCAGAAUAAUGUAAUGGGUCUCCCGGGUGAAACUGGAGUGAAUCACUGAUACAAGUUUAACAAUGUAUUAGGGGACCUGACUGAGAAUAUCAGCCUAACAUUGGUUUUGUUUUUCAGUGUUUUAUAGAUUGUCCUGUAAAUUGCCAUUUUGUACAGUUGUAAAUUCAUCAAUAAAAAUGUAUUUAAUAAGUUA